AUGGUGGUCACCAAAGGGGACGCUCCCCACGCGGUCGCCGAAAGGGACGCUUCCCAGGUGGUCGCCGAAGGGGAUGCUCCCCAGGCCGUCGCCGAAGAGGACACUCCCCAGCUCGUCGCCGAAGGGGACGUUCCCCAGGCCGUCGCCGAAGAGGACGCUCCCCAGGCCGUCGCCGAAGGCCGUCGCCGAAGAGGACGCUCCCCAGGCCGUCGCCGAAGGCGCUCCCCAGGCCGUCGCCGAAGAGGACGCUCCCAGGCCGUCGCCGAGGACGCUCCCCAGACCGUCGCUGAAGGCCUUCCCAAACCGUCGGCAGGGACGGUACCAAAGGCCGUCGCCGAAGGACGCUCCCCCAGGCCGUCGCCGAAGGGGACGCUCUCCGGAAGCCGUCGCCGAAUGGGACGCUCCCCAGGCCGUCGCCGGGGGACGCCCCCAGGCCGUCUCUCGCCAGAGGACGCUCCCCAGGCCGUCGCCGAAGGGGACGCUCCCCAGGCCGUCGCCGAAGGGGACGCUCCCCAGGCCGUCGCCGAAGGGGACGCUCCCCAGGCCGUCGCCGAAGGGGACGCUCUCCAGGCCGUCUCCGAAUGGGACGCUCCCCAGGCCGUCGCCGAAGGAGACGCCUCCCAGGCCGUCGCCGAAGGGGACGCCCCCCAGGCGGUAGCCGAACAGGACACUCCCCAGGUGGUCGCCGAAAAGGACGUUCCCCAGGUGGUCGCUGAAGGGGACGUUCCCAAGGCGGUCACCGAAGGGGAUGCUCCCAAGGAAGUCACCGAAGGGGACGCCCCUCAGGCUAUCGCCGAGGGGGAAUCUCCCCAGGAGGUCACCGAAGGGGACGCCCCCCAGGCCAUCGCCGAGGGGGACGCUCCACAGGAGGUCACCGAGGGGGACGCUCCCCAGGCGGUCACCGAAGGGGACGCUCCCCAGGCGGUCACCGAAGGGGACGCUCCCCAGAAGGUCGCCGAAUGGGACGCUCACCAGGCCGUCGCCGAGAGGGACACUCCCCAGGCGGUCACCGACGGGGACGCUCCCCAGAAGGUCGCCGAAUGGGACGCUCACCAGGCCGUCGCCGAGAGGGACGCUCCCCAGGCGGUCACCGAAGGGGACGCUCCCCAGAAGGUCGCCGAAUGGGACGCUCACCAGGCCGUCGCCGAGAGGGACACUCCCCAGGCGGUCACCAAAGAGGAAGCUCCCCAGGCUGUCACCGGAGGGAAAGCUCCCCGUAGAGCUGCUGUCCAAAUGCCCUGGGCCAAUAAACCAAUUCACCAGGCCAAGAAUACCUUGGUCCCAGGGGCCCAAGGUAAUCUAAAAUCAAAGGCUGAGCACGCACCAAACAGAGUGGCAGAAGCCCGUAAAGCUGCUGCCCAACAGGGCCGGGCCAUGGUCAAGGCUCGCCGGUUGAAAACAGCUAUAAAACAAAAGUGA